AUGUGUAUUUAAGAUUGUAUUAUCACAACGAAAAAAUAUGAAGAAACGGGUAAUUUUGUAUCAAAGCCUUGUCUUUAAAACUCUCUUGACACAUAAUUAAUGAACUCUUUUGAAUUUACUGUGGCGUUACUUUUAAAAGCUGAAUCAUCUGUGUGUAUUUAAAUAAAAAGUUAAAAUAAAAAUAAUAAUGAAUGCACCUUUACAAAUUAAACAAAUGUAAAAUGA